GUGGCAGCAUCCAAGGUUCAGUUCUGAGCUUUGCUCCAACUAGGUGAGAAAGCGUAAUCCCUGAACUUUGGAUCUCUAUCUGUCCAUCCUCUUAAUCACCUGGAAAUCUUUCCCAUAUUCGAUUUGAUUUUGCUUAUUUUCUGGUGAUUGUCACCCAAAAGGCGCAAUCAUGAACUUCUUUCAGUUAGUGAGGAAAAAGAAAGAACUUAUUCCUUUAAUCGCAUUCGUGAGCUUCGCGGGACUUGGAGCUACCUACAUGUCCAUAUAUUCCCUUUUCAAAACUGAUGUGAUUGUUAACAGGAAGAAAAAUCCAGAACCGUGGGAAAAUGUGAAUCCUUAUGAGCCUCAAAAGCUUUUCACAAUUCACCAAAAGUGGGAGCCUGUGGAAGAGCUGAAGACAGUCAAACAGUUGACCAAAUGAGGACUCUCUCCUUCUAAAGUCUACUCUAUAAAUCUAGCGGAAACAUCUCCGCACAAACUAGACUACUGAAACCAGUGUGCGGAAGUGCUUCUGCUACAUUUUUAGGGUCUCCCUACAUUUUUGGGCUCUGAAUAAGAAACUCCAUUUUGUCUUAAACAUGGCAAGUUUAACAAUAUUCACAUGGUCCAAAAAUAAAAUGCUCAUAUUUGAUGUCUUGUAAAGUUGAAAUUUAUAGCAGAUAUGUAGUUCAUUAGAGUAUUUAUGAGGACAUUUUCAUGCAUUUGUACUUAAGUAUUUUAUGAAACUGGAUUGUGUUUUGAAAAUGUGCAAUAAUUUGUAAGGUAAAUUAUCUGUUAUGAUAGUGAUUAUAUUAAUUUUUCCCAAAGGUUAAAUAAAUUUUUGUUUCAUCAUUAAAUUGAUCAGUCAUUAGAAAAUAAUAUGUAAUCAAGAGCAUAUGUAUAGAUACACAUAUAUAUACAUAUGCUGCUUUUGUUAAUGUUCAGUCAUUUUUCAGUUGGGUCCAACUAGCCCCAAGUAUACUACUAUCCACUGUCAGUCACCUUUGUUCAAUGUAUUUUUUUAGGCACGUCUGACUCUUCAUGAUCCUAUUUGAGAUUUUCU